UUUUUCGCUUUAGUCGAUUUUAAAAAUGGUCAGUUUGCUUGUUCAAAAGCGUCUCGCUGCCUCCGUCCUCAAGUGUGGUAAAAGAAAGAUCUGGCUCGAUCCUAACGAAGUCAACGAAAUUGCCACCGCCAACUCUCGUGCUAACAUCCGUAAGCUCGUCAAGGACGGUCUCAUCAUUCGUAAGCCCGAAAUCUCUCAAUCUCGUUUCCGUGUUCUUGAACGUAAUGCUGCCAAGCGUAAGGGUCGUCACAUGGGUUACGGUAAGAGAAAGGGUACUGCCGAUGCUCGUAUGUCCAGCCAAGUUAUCUGGAUGCGUCGUAUGCGUGUCCUCCGUCGUCUCCUUGCCAAGUACAGAGAAGCUGGUAAGAUCGAUAAGCACCUUUAUCACCAACUUUACCUUAAGUCUAAGGGUAACGGUUUCAAGAACAAGCGUGUCUUGAUGGAACACAUUCACAAGGCUAAGGCUGAAAAGGCUCGUGCUAAGACUCUUGCUGAACAAGCUGAAGUCCUCCGUGCCAAGAACAAGGCUCUCCGUGAACGUCGUGCUAACAAGAAGUCUGAAAAGCUCGAAGCUUAAAUGACUUUUUUUUAAAGAAAAAAAAAUUUUUCCCUAAAGGAAAUAAAGUAUAAUAGUUUGUUUUCAUUUUUCUUCCUAUUA